UAAAUCUCCAUGGGAUCUUAUCCUCCCCUCUCCACCACCCCUCCCGGCUUCCCAGAGUAUCGCCGCCGUAAGCCAGGUGCCACCACGUCUUCGUCGAGCCGUCGCCGGCGACGAACAGCCAACAGGGAAGGGGAGGAGGAGGAGGAAGAGGAGGAUGGGCGAGUUCGACGACUACUGGGCGCGGGCGUACAGGGGCGACGCCGCCGUCCCGCACUCCGACCCGCAGCGGCUCAUCUCCACCUGGACAGGAGCCUUCGCCCUCGGCGCGACCGCCUGCGUCUGCCACCACGCCUCCGCGCUUGCCUCCCACCUCAAGUCCUUACCGGCGACUUGGCAAGACAUGACACUGGUGCUUGAUCAAAAGCGAUGGAAGAAAGCUCUUGAGAAGAAGGAACGACAAGCUUAAGCUCAUUAUUCUUCCCAACUCCUUGGGCCAUUUGGAUGAGCAUGUGUCUUGUCAUCAAUUGUGGCGCAUGAAAUUUCAGAGUUCUCUAUAUAUAUAAUAUAUUGACUGAGGUUCUGCUUGAUUGUGUUAAAUUAUCCCUAUUUUUGAGUUUGCUCCAUCUCAGAUGACAUUCACAAUAAUUUGUCAAUCUUAUAAUCUCCAUGAUCUUUUUAACAUGCUA